GCAGGUGUCUUAACAUUUAUUGAUGCAUGAAACCUGUAUAAACCUAUCUGACAUCUUUAAUUUGGGAAUUCAUUAAAGUAUUUGAGAAAUGUUGAUCAGUUGAACAUGGAAGACCUAUUGUUACUGCAUUCUUUUCUUUAAUGUGUGCAUGGUAAAUUUGUGGACAGAAUAGUACAUGAUUAUACUCACUGUCACUGCCAGCUGGUAACCUAAGAAAGGAUGUACAAGGAUAUUUAAAUGAAGUGUUCUAAGGAAAUGCAUGACCCAAAACUGAUGGACUGAGUGCAUGACUAUCAUUCACAUAUUUUCGUGCAUUGCAUUUGACAUCUAAUGAGAGACUACUGCUCUAUAUUUUAAAAUCAAAGACAUCAGAUUCAAAAAGCAGCUCCACCUAUAUGCCGCAUGUCUAUAUUCAAAAUCCUGAGUGAGCAAUCUUAACUCUGAAAACAUUUAAUAAAUAUGACUGGGAUCUCUGUUAAUCUGGCCAGACAGGAGGAGAGAAGACAGAAGACAAUAUAAGCAAGCUGUGGUUAUGAUAUAUGAUGGACAUGUAGGAAUAUUUUAGCCAUAAAGGUCACUGAGGAUGAAGAACUACAGUGGUGAUGGGGGAGGGGUGGAAAAAAGUUUUUAGGAGUCCAACAUUUCUAGACUUGUGGAUGCUUUCCACUCAAGGGGAAACUAGGAGCCUUUUUAAUUUGAUGAUGAAACAGGUUACUUAAUGAUGUGCAAUUGCAGAGCCUAAAAGGUCAACCUUAUCCUGUUUGAGCAACAAGGGUUAAAUCAGCAUAACGAACUGACUAGAUCCCCAGGUAUGCACAACUGUCAGCAUGUAAGGGAGCCAUAAACCUACUGCUGCCUCAUUUCACAUGGGUACACCAUGUCAUGUCUAAAAUGGUCUACUGCCCACUAUUAACUAGUUUAUGGGGGGUGGCAGGGAGCAACAUUACAUCUUGCCAGUUAAAUGGGGACACUGGCUGGCUUUAGUAACGCUGGCCUGUUAUAAAAAGAGCAUGUGAACAUUUGCAAAGUCUGGUUUUCAGAUUUGAAUCUCACCAUCUGUUGAUUUUUCAUGUCUCUUGCUUUGAUCCUUCUGAAAAAAAGACUUCGUGUUUUCAAAAAGUCAUUUUUGAUUUAUACGAACUCUGAUACAGUUAUUUAAAAACACUUCUAACCAAUGUAUUCCCCUCCCUCCUCUCUUUCUAAACCACGAGGGCUUGUCCAAGGAAGGAAGGUGGAGUUUACAAUUUAGGGUCUGUUCUAAGUCGCUGGUCGCUUAAUAACAGUGUGACUGGGAAACAGAUGAUGCAGGUAGAAUUCACAGUGGAAUGAUUUAAUCAUCGUCUUUUAAAAAAUUAAGUUAAUUAGAUCCGUUACGCUUAAGUUAACGUUACUUCAAAACGGUUAUUCCCAUACAAUGCGUGGGUAGGUAUAACAGCUGACUCAUACAUCACAGAAGGAUUUUUAUGCAGCUGAAGUUCAAAGAAUACGGGAAUUAAGUUUUUCCAUCUGGGAGUCGAAUGGCCUCUGUUGUGACGGUCAAGACAGAGAAGCGACCUGCUCCUGAUUCUGAGGAUGGUGAAACGGUGACUAAAAAAGCCAGAAAGUUAUUGCCCAGCCUGAAAACCAAACGUGCUCCAGAGUUGGUCCUGGUGAUUGGCACUGGAGUAAGCUCAGCUGUGGCUCCACAGGUCCCAGCACUCCGCUCCUGGAAAGGCCUGAUACAGGCAUUACUGGAUGCUGCCAAUGAUUUUGACCUGCUGGAGGAGGAGGAAAGCCGGCGUUUUCAGAAGAGUCUACAGGAGGACAAGAACCUGGUGCAUGUUGCUCAUGACCUCAUUCAGAAACUCUCUCCGCGGACAGGAAAUGUGCGUUCCACGUUCUUCAAGGACUGCCUGUAUGAAGUGUUUGAUGAUUUGGAGUGUAAGAUGGAGCACGCAGGGAAGCACCUGCUGCGGUCCGUGCUCCAACUAAUGGAAAGCGGGGCGCUGGUCCUCACCACAAACUUUGAUAAUCUGCUGGAAAUCUACGCAGCCCACCAAGGCACUAAGUUAGAGUCCCUGGACCUCACAGAUGAAAAGAAGGUCCUGGAGUGGGCUCAAGAGAAAAGGCGGCUGAGUGUGCUCCAUAUCCAUGGUGUUUACACAAACCCCAGUGGCAUUGUGCUGCAUCCAGCUGGUUAUCAGAAUGUGCUGAGAAAUACUGAAGUUAUGAGGGAGAUCCAGAAGCUGUAUGAAACCAAAUCAUUUGUAUUCUUGGGCUGUGGACGGACAGUUGAUGACACCACCUUCCAGGCACUGUUUCUAGAGGCAGUCAAACACAAGUCUGAUCUGGAGCAUUUCAUGCUGGUGCGCAGAGAGGAUGUUGGAGAGUUCAAGAAGCUCCGAGACAAUAUGCUUGACAAGGGCAUUAAGGUCAUCUCUUAUGGCAAUGAGUAUGCCGACCUGCCUGAAUAUUUUGAGCGUUUGGCCAAUGAGAUCUGCAACAGGGACGUGGUGACCAAUGGCUGUGAUUACCGCUCAUGAUGACCCAGGAUCUCAGUCUAGACAGAGCGAUGUCUCAGAGUUCAGCUGACCCCUCCAGUUUUGUCUGGUGUUACUGGUUCCUCAUCAACAACAGACUUCAGACGCACUAGCUAUACUGCUUGUUGUCAGGUAAAAAGGGAAAGGUGACACGAGGCUUUAGGAAGCACACUGUGAACUGAAUUUUGAUGUAAAAGAAGCAGAGAUAGGUUGAGAGUUGGAAGAUCCUGUUUAGUAUCAUUUAGCAAUCCCUGCCCACCUAGCAGGCAAGAGCGAGAGUAAUUAAAAUAGAUUCACAAUAUAGGUUGAAAUCCAGAAUUUUCCUCUCAUUACAAAUACCUUGAAAACAUAUCCACAAACGUUUCCACACACUCAUGGAAAAUCUUGAAAAUCUUGUUUGUGUUUGGCUGAAUUAAAUGACCAGUAUAAAAAUGUA